AUGCCAGCAGCCGCCCCUCCGCACAAUGAUGCCACUGCGCCCACCCGCGCUGAGACCGGCCAUGAGCUGUCCGAUCGAGCCCCCGCCCUCGCGCAUCGCAUGAAACACGACAAGUCCAUCCUCGCACUGGCCGUCUCUUCGCACUCCAUCUUCGCCGGCACCCAGGGCGGCGAGAUUCUGGUCUACAGCCUCGAUACCUACGAGCUCCGGAGGGUGGUACAUGCGCACAAGGGCAGUGUGCUUGGUCUGUGUCUGUCGCAGGACCACAGGUGGCUCUUCUCGAGCGCAGCAGAUCCAAUUGUCAAUGUCUGGUGCACGUCGACGUUCAAACACCUCUAUGCGCUGUGGUCUCCGUACGACAUUGGCGACAUUUUCUGCGUCGCAUACUCGUCCCAGCACCAGACGGUAUAUCUGGGGGCCCAGAACACCAGCAUACAAUGGUAUGACCUGAAAGAAAAAGACACUCGCCCCGCCCCGAGCCUCUCCUCACACCCCGCCGAGCGCAAGAACCGGUUCUUCGACUCCCUCGGGCCAGGCGGUGCCCAAACACCCAGACCCGGCGGUGCAGACACUAGGCCCCGAGAUGCUGCAGGCGGGCAGGAACUGCAAAUCGACAACCGUGACAUUUGCCAGUUCGCCCACUAUGGUUACGUGCAUUGCAUGCUGGUGGGAAGCGGCAUACUACCCGAAGCCCCGUCAGAAGAAGUGCUAGUUUCGGGAGGAGGAGACGGCCGCAUUCAGCUAUGGAGAAUAGACCCGGCACAGCGGGGGAGCAUCUCAGGCAUCUACACACUCGAGGACGGCCGCGAAGAGGGCGAAUCGAUUCUCUCGCUCGCCCGAGAAGGUUCCUUCCUGUACAGCGGACGCUUCGACGGCGAAGUCAAUGUCUGGGACUUGGAGACCCGGCAGCUAGUGCGCAGUCUCAAGGCGGGCACCGGCGACGUGCACACAUUGUCGCUGGGCUCUGGUGUCCUGUAUGCCGGUGGUAAGACGGGUGUUAUGCAGAAAUUCAACGAACACUACGAGACCAUUACCACGUUCAAAGCCCACGAUGGCCUGAUGCUAGCCUCUGCGGUCACGCGCUGCGAAGACAAGUCCAUCCUUGUGACGGGCGGCAACGACGACACCAUUGUCAUUUGGGAGGUCAAGGACUGCGCGGAGCCCGAUGCCGCUACGAGAAGAAGCAACAAUGAUCUCAUGGUGGAGUCGUUGAGUCAAUUCGUUUCGUUUCGGACCGUAUCAUCGCUGCCCAAGUAUCGCGCAGACUGCCGCCGAGGUGCAUCCUACCUGCGAUCCGUCUUUCAGAAUUUUGGUGCUGUAACCGAGAUGAUCAACACAUCCGACUACAAUCCAAUAGUCUUUGCCAAGUUCCGGGGUAACCCGGCUACAGCCGCAUCGCGCAAGAAGAUUUUGUUUUACGGCCACUACGAUGUCAUUGCUGCAGAAAAUGAGCAUCGCAAGUGGAAGCAUGACCCAUUUACUCUCACGGGCGAAGGGGGCUAUCUGUACGGCCGUGGCGCAUCCGACAACAAGGGCCCUAUUAUGGCGGCCAUUUACGCUGCACACGAGCUGGCCAACGAGCAGAGCCUAGACUCUGACAUCAUCUUUCUGAUUGAGGGCGAAGAGGAAAGCGGAUCUCGUGGCUUCGAGAAGGCUGUGCGCGCACGAAAAGACCUCAUCGGUGACGUUGACUGGAUUCUGCUGGCAAACAGCUACUGGCUUGAUGACCAUGUGCCGUGUCUGACGUAUGGCUUGCGAGGCGUCAUCCAUGCCACUGUGCAGGUUGAGAGUAAGCAUCCCGAUUUGCACAGUGGUGUGGAUGGUAGCGCGCUGCUCGAUGAGCCGCUCAAGGACCUCGUCAUGCUGCUUUCCAAGCUGACGGCUCGACACGGAAAGGUGCAGAUUCCGGGUUUCUAUGACCCUAUCCUGCCUCUGACGGAUGAUGAAAAGGACCUGUACACGGAAAUCACCGAGACGUUGCUGCGGAGUAAUCCAGACCUGGGCGACGCAGACGAGCUGGCACAGUCACUGAUGCGCCGAUGGCGAGAAGCAUCUCUUACCAUACAUCGCUUUCAGACGUCGGGGCCAGAAAACUCGACGAUUAUCCCGCGACUUGCAAAGGCUGCCCUGUCGAUCCGUCUGGUGCCGAACCAGGAAGCCGGAAAUGUAGCCGAGGCGCUCAAGUCGUUUCUGCAAGAACAAUUCGAGGACCUCGACUCGAAGAACGAACUCAAAGUGACGAUUGACCACCAGGCCGAGCCAUGGCUGGGCGAUUUCAACAACGAGAUCUUCCAGACGCUCGAACGCGCCAUCAUGUCCGUCUGGGGGCCGAGACUGGGUCAGCGAAGAGAGAGCAUGCCAGCAGCCAAAGCCUCGGACUACUUUUCUGCGCACUCUAGAAACAGCUCAGAAGCUGUGACCAAGAAGCCCACUGUUCCCGCGACAUCAAACACUCUUGCCAAUUCUGCUGACCCUUCACUUUCUGGCGCAGGCCCUAGUUCCGGCACUUCAACGCCUGAUACAGCAGAGACGGGCAUCCCACGCAAGCCCCUUUACAUUCGCGAAGGUGGAUCUAUCCCUACUAUUCGGUUCCUUGAAAAGGAAUUCAAUGCACCUGCCGCCCAUCUUCCGUGUGGCCAAGCAAGCGACAGCGCGCAUUUGAACAAUGAGCGUCUGAGGCUCGUCAACCUGUACAACAGCAAGAAGAUUUUCAAAGAGGUGUUUCGCGAGUUGCCGAGGAAGUCGUCAUGA